UUUCAAAUUUAAUCUAGGGUGAAAAUGUAACAAUGAUUUGGCAACAUAUACCAUCGCAUAUGGCAUGAUCGAUUAUUGAUGGAUAGAUAGUUUAAUCUACUUCGUAAGAGUAAUAAAUAUUUAUAAUGGACAUAAUAAUUGAUACGAAAGGUGAUUCUGGCCUGAUAAAUAAGGAUCAAUUACUAGACAAUGAUAACGAGGAAAUUAAAAUCGAUGCCGAUUCAACAAGGAUAUUUGAUGCAAAAUAUUUAGGCAUUGAGAAAAAAGAGCAACCAAAGAGAAAAAAAUUCUCUUCCAGCAAAGACUUCGAUCUUGAAAAGUUUGAAAUCGAUAUGGGUUGGAAAUCUAAGAAAGUGACUUUUGAUCCAAUGGAAGACUUAGCAGAUAUAAGAAAAGAUAUCAAUCCUGUGGAUAAAAUUUUAGAGAAGAGUGUUAUUAAAUCUAAUUUUGAACAAUUGCAUGUUGUACCAUCCUACGAGUUAAGCAAACGUCAAUUGGAAAUACACAAACGACGUGAAAAACGAAAGAUGGGAACAGGUACAGAAUGGUUUAACAUGCAUGCACCUGAAAUAACACCAGAGAUUAGACAUGACCUUGAAGUAUUAAGAAUGAGAUCUGCGUUAAACCCGAAACACUUUUACAAAAAGAAUGAUAUGAAAGCAUUGCCGACGCACUUCCAUGUCGGCAAAGUUAUUGAUUCUCCAAUGGAUUUCUAUUCUUCACGUCUUACAAAGAAGGAACGCAAGAAGACAAUCGUUGAUGAACUUAUGGCAGAUGCAGAGUUUACAAAAUACAACAAGCGUAAAUAUAAGGAAAUUAUUGAAGAAAAGCAAAAAACACAUUAUAAAGCACAUAAACAUGCAAGAAGACUUAAAAGAAAGAAGAAGAAUUAAUACAUUUAUUAUAAAAAGUAUAUUUUGUAUAUUUGAGAAAUAAAGAAUUACUAAAAGUUA